AAUUUAAAAAAUCCAAGAUUUUUAUGAAGUUCAACAUUUCCUACCCUUUGACAGGCGCUUAAAAAACAGUCGAAAUUGAUGAUGACAAGAAAUGCUCAAUAUUCUUCGAUAAGAGAAUGGGACAAGUUGUAGAGGCAGACAACUUAGGUGAAGAAUACAAAGGAUAUGUACUCAAGAUCACUGGUGGUAACGAUAAACAAGGUUUCCCAAUGAGACAAGGAGUCCUAUUCAAGGGCAGAGUGAGAAUCCUCAUGAGAAAGGGACACAAGGGCUACAGACCAAGAAAGGAUGGAGAGAUGAAACGCAAAUCAAUUAGAGGAUGCAUUGUAGGUCAAGACAUCAGAGUACUUGCCUUGUAAGUCGUAAAGAAGGGUGCCAAUGAAAUUGCUGGACUCACAGAUCAAAACGUCCCAAGAAGAUUGGGUCCAAAGAGAUUAACCAAAUUGAGAAGAUUAUUCGGAUUCAAGAAGGCUGAUGGUGUUGCUAUAGUUUAAAAGAAUCUCAUUAGAAGAACAUGGACCACCAAGGAUGGAAAGAAGAGAUAAAAGGCUCCAAAGAUCCAAAGACUCGUCACCGAAUCCAGAUUGAGAAGAAAGACCAUCUAAAAGAAGACAGAAUAAGCCAGAAAGAACCAAAGCCCAAAUAAGCUUUGGAAGCAUAUAAAAAAUUGGCUCAUGAUGUCCAUGAAGCUCACAAGAAGCACAGAAAAGCCUCAUCAGAAAUCAAGGAGAAAGUCAAGGAACAACCAAAAGCCAAAGACACUAAAUAAGUUAAAUCAACCUAAGCAGCUAAACCAACAACAUAAGCUAAGGGUCCUGCUCCAGCCAAAGCAGCUGCUCCAGUUAAAGCAGCAGCCCCAGUUAAGACCACUGCACCAGCCAAGACUGUACCAUAACCAACUCAAAAAGCUCCAACCAAAGCCAAAAAAUGAAAAUGAUAUUAUAAAAUAAAGUACAUUACAUAAAAUAUGA